AUGGGUUCCAUCCAAAUCGACCCGCGCUUUCGACGAAUUCAGAAGUUUAACUCUACCUACUCCCCAAAUACUGUCACGCAGUAUGAAUCAGAUCGAACUGGCAUGCGGGUCGUCGUUGUCGACCAGGAGGGACCCAAGCUACACGGCUUUUUCGUACUAGCAACUGAGAUACACGAUGACAGCGGCGCGCCUCACACUCUAGAGCACUUGUGCUUCAUGGGAUCCAAGAGCUACAAGUACAAAGGUUUCCUAGACAAACUAGCUACUCGAGCGUACUCCAAUACGAAUGCUUGGACCGCCACCGACCACACGGCCUACACGCUAGAGACGGCCGGAUGGGCAGGUUUUGCGCAAAUACUACCGGUCUACCUUGAUCAUCUUAUUGUACCAACCUUGACGGAUGCCGGUUGCAUCACCGAAGUUUACCACAUUGAUGGUCAAGGCAAUGAUGCCGGUGUAGUCUACUCCGAAAUGCAGGGUGUUCAGAACGCAGCCUCCGAGCUAAUGGAACUGCGCGGUAAGCGCCUCAUGUAUCCUGAGGGUGUUGGUUUCCGCUACGAGACUGGAGGUAUGAUGGAGCAACUACGAGUGCUAAGCGCCGAUCGCAUCCGAGAAUUUCAUCGCGAGAUGUAUCAGCCCAAGAAUCUGUGUCUGCUUUUGAUGGGUGAGGUCGAUCACAAGGAGUUGCUGCAGAUCCUCGACGAUUUUGAGACAUCUGUCAUCCAUGAUAUCCCUCCUCCAGACAAACCAUUCUCACGUCCUUGGAUCGACUCCAAGCAAGCCACCCCUCUGACAGAAUCUGUUGUGAAAAGGGUCGAAUUCCCGGAGGAGGAUGAGGACUUUGGGCAGAUCGACAUCAAAUUUCUGGGGCCUGACAUUGCAGAUAUCGUACAGUCGGGUGCCCUGACGGUCGUCCUGCUCUACCUCUGUGGCUCUCCUGCUGCCGUUCUGGACAACAACAUUGUGGAGAAAGAGCAACUAGCUAGCAGUAUCUACUUCACUGUGGAUAGCCGGCCCAGGACCGAGGUUGACUUCAGCAUGUCAGGAGUCGAGACCGACGUGCUCGAGGAUGUAGAGAAACGCUUUCACGAGGUGCUUGACGAAGCCAUGAAGAAGCCAUUGGAUAUGUCUUUCCUGCGAGACUGCAUCGACCGGCAAAUAAGGUCUACCAAAUUCAACACGGAAUCUCAGCCGACCCAUUUCUCGGACUAUAUCAUCGCUGACUACCUGUUUGGCAAACGCGAUGGCUCGACUCUGGAAGAGAUGGCAUCAUUAGAUCAGUUUGAGCGCUUGAAAUCUUGGACAGAGCAGCAGUGGAAGGACUUCAUCAACAAGUACUUUGCCAAAGCACAUUAUGUUUCACUGCUGGGAGUGCCGUCCGCCAAGUUGUCGAAGAAGCUCACCGACGACGAAGCUGCUCGAGUCGAGAAACGAAAGAAAGAACUAGGGCCUGAGGGUCUCAAGAGAAAAUUCGAGGAGCUGGAAAAGGCCAAAAAGGAGAACGACAAAGAAAUCCCUCCAGAGCUACUGGCACACUUUAGAGUCCCAUCUACCGAGUCGAUUCAUUUCGUUAAGACCAGCUCAGCACGUGCUGGACCGGCUUUGAAAGUAGGCAGACCGGACAACAAGUACCAGAAGAUCAUCGAAAACGACGGUGGCGAGGACUUCCCCCUGUUCAUCAACUUCGAGCACAUCGAGUCAAAUUUUGCCCGCAUACAUCUCAUGAUCUCCACCGAGAACCUUCCUGUUGCGCUCAAGCCAUUGCUUGCAGUGUAUUUCGAGGCCUUCACCAAUCUCGACGUGCAGCGUGACGGCCACAACGUCCCCUUCGACCAGAUCGUUGUGGAGCUCGAACGGGACACUGUCGGCUACACCAUCGACUCGGCCUCCAACCUCGGCAACGUCGAAUGUCUUCGCAUCACCUUCCAGGUCGAAAUCUCAAAGUACAGUACCGCUAUUGCCUGGAUCAAUGAGCUCUUCUGGCAAUCCAUCUUCGAAGACAAGCGGCUCCAGGCUAUCAAUGCCCGCCUGCUUGCCGAUGUGCCCGAUGCCAAACGUGACGGUAAUGACAUGCUCGCCGCCGUGCAUAUCAUGACCCACCUCGCACCCGCUUCAAUCGGCCGCGCACGCUCUACUCUCGUCAAAGCCUUGUACCUCAAGCGGUUCAAGUGGCUUCUGAAGAACGAGCCAGAACGUACGGCCUCCAUGCUCGAGGAUCUGCGUAGCUUCCUCGGCCAAUUCGCCAACUUCCGGGUCGUGGUUGUCUCAGACCUCACCAAGCUGGCUGAUCCCGUGCAGGCAUGGAAGCCGUUUCUGUCAAAGCUCGACACUACUCAGCCCCUGGCUCCGCUGGGUCGCCGCAUCGAUCGCCUCUCGGCUGCUGGUCAGAAUCCGGGUGCACUAGCCUACGUUGUUCCCAUGGCCACCAUCGACUCCUCUUUCCUCUACGCCGUGGCCCGUGGUCCCAGCACCUGGGACGACGAAUGUUUGCCCGCACUCAUGGUUGCGCAAGCCUACUUGAACGCAGUGGAAGGCCCGCUGUGGGUCGCCGUACGGGGCGUCGGGCUCGCCUACGGCGUCAGCACAUCCUACGACAUCGACUCCGGCUUCGUCAGCCUGGACGUAUACCGCAGUCCCGACGCGUACAAGGCCUUUGAGGCCUCAUGCAAGGUGGUGCAGGAGCACAUCGACGGUACCAUCGAGUUCGACGACCUCAUGCUCGAAGGCGCCAUCAGCAGUAUCGUCGUCGCCAUGGCCAACGAGCAGCAGACCCUGGCGUCGGCGGCCGUAGCGUCCUUUGUCAAAGAGGUCAUGCGCGGCCUGCCCAGCGACUAUAAUGAGACUUUGCUCAGGAAGGUGCGUGAGGUCAGUGUGGACGAGGUCAAGACAGUUAUGGACGAGGUCGUGAUGCCGGUCUUCAAGCCGGGAAAGGCGGAUGUCAUGGUUACAUGUGCGGUUGGCAUGACGGAGGGUAUUCAGAAGGGGUUGGAGACUGUGGGCUGGAAGCCUGAGGUCCAUGACCUCACUUGGUUCCAGGAUGAUUACGGGCUGAAGGUGCCGGAUGACGAUGACGGUGAUGACGAGGGCGAUGAGGACGAGGAUGGGGAUGAAGAGGAUGGCGAGGCUGACGAGGACGCCAGCGAUGACUUCGAGAUGGUCGAGCGGUAA